CAAGGUCAUUUGGUGUGGCAGUUUGAACAGUCGCAGAAUGCUGUGUUUUUGAUUUGGAUUUUAUCAAUAAAUUAGUGGGAUUGAAAAAUGUUUUCUAUUAAUCUGGUUGUGAAAUUCCCAACAUCAGGAAAUUGUUAUUCACUAAAAUUUACUAAGGAUAUAACUGUUUAUGACUUGUGUCAUGAAAUUCAUUCCAAAAUUAGAGAAGCUGCUUCUCUUAAUCCUUCAGAAAAUGGAAUCUUCGUACCGGAUCCAGACCCAAAGCAUUCCUUUUGGCUAGACAACUCACGAAUGCUGUCUUAUUACCACUUUUGUGAUAAUGUAAUUUUAUGUAUAGUUCUUUUUAUUUCUCCGUGCAGUUUGAAGUCCAGUAUAGGUCUAAACUUCGUCUUCUUGUUAUACAAACUAUGGAUGAGACAAGGAAGACUUUGCAAGUAGAUGAUAGUAAGACAGUUGCCGAGCUUAUGUUCACAAUUUGCUCCAAAAUGGGUAUUACAAAUUAUGAAGAAUACUCACUAAUAAGACCAUGUGAUGAGGAUGAAAAGUUGCGUACACUUACGUUGAGAAAAGGCAGGGGUAGCAUCAGGAAUCUGGAGAAGCUAGAAAAAAUGAAGCAAAAGUUACACACAGAUAAUGAAUUUAACUGGUUAGCCCCUGGUAAAACUCUUCGUCAGCAUGGAGUUGAAGAAUCUGAAAUUCUGCUUCUUCGUAGAAAGUAUUUUUUCUCUGAUCAAAAUGUGGAUACACGAGAUCCUGUACAAUUGAGCCUCCUAUAUGUACAACUGAAAGAAGCCAUAUUGAAUGGGACACAUCCAAUAUCUCAAGAUCAAGCUGUGAAUUUAGCUGCUUUACAAUGUCAAGCAGAAUAUGGACCUAUGAUACCGGAAAAGAUUAAACGAAAUCCUAUCGAUUUAAAAGAUCGUUUACCAAAAGAAUAUAUCAAAUCAAAGGGUAUUGAAAAAAGAAUAUUAGAGCAAUAUCAAAAGCUGGAGAAUUACGACGAAAGAGAAGCUAAACUACGCUAUGUUCAAUUGUGCAGAUCCUUACCGACUUAUGGUAUAACAUUCUUUCUUAUAAAAGAAAAAUUAAAAGGACGUAAUAAACUUGUACCACGUUUAUUUGGAGUUAGUAAAGAAAGUGUAAUGCGUGUAGAUGAAAAAACUAAAGAAAUUAUAGAAACCUGGUCAUUAACACGUAUACGACGAUGGGCAGCUACUGCAAAUCUUUUUACUCUGGAUUUUGGUCAGUAUAGUCCAAAUGGAAAUUAUAUAAUGCAAACAACUGAAGGUGAACAAAUCGCUCAACUUAUAUCUGGUUAUGUGGAUAUCAUUUUACGUAGACAACGUAGUCGUGAUAAUGGUCAAACAGAAGGUGAUGAAGAAAAUACAAUUAUUGAAGAGAAUAUUGCACCAUCAAAAGCGAAUGUAAUCGCCAAUAUGAGUGCAACACUACCACGUGGCCAUCGUGCUCAAGAAGCAAAUUUAGCGCAUAGUGGUUUAUUAAGAACUGCAAGUCAACGAGAAGAUUUCACUGAAGGCCGACUAGCUAUUGAAAGUCAUACAGUAUCUCAUCAUAAUCUAGGCGGUAAUAAUCUUGGCUCUGGACUUAUUGUAAACACGAACGGUGGAGAUGGAACAUUGAAUGGAAAGAGAGGAUUCCAAAUGAUUGAUCUUGGACAACCGAAACGCGCUUUACUCUCACGUAUAGACUAUGGUGUACGUACACUGCAAGGUGCAUGUGAUGAAAUUGACAAACCUGUAUAUCCUGAUGAAGAAGCAUUACGUGGAGAUGAUUUAAAUACUAAACGCUGGCGUUCAGAAACAUUAGAACAAGCUCGUGCUGGUGUUCUCAGUCAUUUAGGCGCUAUGACAAUGGCUACUGGUCGUUUGAUAUCUGGAAUUCACUCGCCUGAAGGUCGAGGUCGUGAUGAUAUGAAUAAUCAUGCUGAUAUGGAUUAUGCUAAUAUGGAUGCUUCAAUGACAUCGAUUGGAAUGAAUGUCCAGGGUUUAAUGCAUUGUGUACGUUUAUAUGAUCAGCUGGAAACUGCUGGCGGUGAUAAGACUACUUUAAAACAAGCUGCACAAGCACUGUCUGAUGCUUUUCUUGAAUUAAUGCGAACUACAUUCUCAGCUGUAUCGACUGACAAUUCUUCAGAUAAAUCGUCUGUACUGACACAUUCAACAAGUUCAUUAUUUGAUUCAUCAAAGAGUGGUCCUGAUCGUGCAGCUUUAUUAGAAGCUGCUAGUCGUGUUGGUGAUGCUAGUCGACAAUUGCUGCAGUUAAUUGCACCACCGACGCAAAAACAACAGCAACAACAAAAAUCAACAACAAAUCUAAAUGGUUCUGAUAACCUUAGCGAUAAUGAAUCACCAUCUAAUACAAAUGUCAAUUCAUUAAUUGACUGGGAAGCAAGAGAUCGUCUGCUGACAUUAACUAAGGGUGUUGCCAAUUCAAUGACAGGAUUAGUGAAAAAGGCUAAAAUGGGUGCAUUAGUUUUAGAUCAAGAAGUGAAUCAACGCUUGGCUGGAAGUAAUAAAGCUGAUUCAUCAAAUGAUGUUGUUGCACAAGUAUUACGCAACGCUCAGUCAAGGUUAGUACAUGCAGCGACAAGAGCUGGUAAAUCGGCAAGUCAACUAGUUACCUGUGCUAAAGUUGUAGCAUGUACUAUGGAACAGCCGGAAUCUCAACAACAAUUGAUGCAUACUAUUAAAGAGGUUGGAGUAGCUGCAGAUGCUGUGCCAUCACCAGCAAAAUGUUUAAUUGAUACAUCAUCUACAGAUCCUGUGAUAGCAUCAUUAAUCAAUGAUAAGGAAACAUUCAAUGUACAUUGUAAAUUAGUCAAUGAUUUAGAACAAGGUGUUUAUGCUGUACAUAGUGAUUUAGAUAAUUUAAUUGAAUGUCUUAUGGCAACUUCAAUACAAGCACAUCAAGAUCCAGUUAUAUUGAAUCUAUUGUCGGUUGGACAUCAACUUCCUGGUAGUGUUGGAGACGGUCAACUACUUGUACGUAAAGCGAAUGCAUUAGCUUCAGCUGUUGAAUGUUUAGUAGCGGAUUUACGUACCGAGGCAAUGAGACAGAAAGGCAGUCUAGGUAUAUCAGCGAAUGAAAUAAAUGGAAGAGCUGAUUUAUUAGAAAAAGAAAUUUAUCAUUUAUUAUUAGUUGCACAGGAGUGUGCUGACGGUAAUGCACAAUCCUUAGAACAUCAACAGAUAGUUAUAGCAGCAGCUGAACAAUUGGUUAAUACAGCGCAUGCAAUGGCUGCACCCAUUAUUCGAUCACGUUUAACUAAAGGCCUGGAAUUCGCUACUCGGCUUACAGCCAAUAAUGCUGGUCCACUAGCUACAGUUGGAGGCGAAGUUGUACGUAUUUGUCAAAGUGAUACUUAUCAGUUAGCUGCUGACUUGGAACAAUUACAAAAACGUGUUAUGCCUCAAGUGAAUUUAUCCUGUAAUAUAGCUCGUGUUCAACCGUAUGAUAUCAAGAAUCAAGCUAAUUUACUUGCUGCAUCACAAAAUCUAAUGAAGUGUUUAGAAGACUUAUUACGAUCAGCUGAUGCAGUCGCGCCGACUAUUCAAGACUCCGGUGUUCAAUCAGUACUGACUGGUGUUACACGCAACACACAGGCUUGUCUAACUGAUCUUCGAUUGUGUUAUGCUAAUUCUGAAUCAGUCCUAGGUAAUGAACCACCUGAAUUACCUGAUCAGUUAUAUCAUAUGAUGAAUGGAGGAGCGAAAACGUCGCCCAACGGAAUAGACCAGUCAGAUUAUCAUGUUACUGAUUUACAAACGAAUGAGUUGGCGAAAAUUUCAGCUACAAUUGAACAGUUGAGAUCAGAGUUGUUCGAUGUUUCAUAUCAUUUACUGCCAAAUGAAACACUUGAUUCAAUUUGUGUUUUACUAUGGUCAUCAAUUAAAGAUUAUAAUAAAGUGUUCGGUUCACCUGAUGAGGAUAAUGAAAGUCGUAUCGACUCAUCAUGUAAUGAAUUAGAACAGUUAUGGCAUAAAUUACCUCCAUUAGUUGAACGUGUAAAACAAACCUGUGAUGAUAAUGAUGAUGCUGCCGCCGCUGCUGCUGCUGCUGAUAAAGGCAAUAGAAAAAAGAUGAUACAAGCAAGAUUGAAUAUAGUUCAUGAAUUAUUACACUAUCUUGCACCUGUACUACGUGGUAUGCGUAGUUUAGCUAGAUAUUUCAAUAUUGUUGCCCAGUCAACAGCUGUAGAUUCUAAUUUAGCUCGAGUGAUAAAUGUUUCACAUGGUGUUGCAUCAAAACGACACAGUAGUAUAUCAGGUUGUUCAAAUGUCAUAGAUCAUAAUUCCAGCAUGCCCACUGGUGAACAACAAACUCAAAUUACAGCAGAUGUCAUGCAUCAGAAUCUGAUGUCUAUCGCUGAAACCUGUUUAAUGGCUUCAGGUCAAUUUAUUACAUGGGCAUUGAAAAAUCAUUCACACAGCCUAACUGAUGAUGAAUUACAAGAGGCUGCAGUUGUAGCUGAUCAGCUGAACACAUCAAUAAAUGCUGUAUUGGGUUAUAUACCUGGAGAGGUAACAAUACGACGUUUAUUCGCCCUACUUCGAGAUGCUUCUAGAAUAGUAGAAGUGUCUAUUAAUGAAGCUUCAGAGUCAGGAAAUAUUCAUCGUAAUCAUACUGAACAAAAUGUUAUGCCUGACACACCACCAGCUGUUCCUAUGCGUUCAUCAAAUCUACCAGUUGUGGAUAUUUAUGAACAAAUGAGUGAAGCUGCUAAACAACUUGCUCGUGCAUGUUUAAGUGCUAGUUAUGAAGUUUCUGGACAAAUGAAACCAUCAAAAACUGAUUCAUUCGGUUCACAUAGUAAUCUUACCUUAUUGGCUUGUAUAGCCGACCGAUUGACUAGUGCAUUAGCUGAUGUUGUUCGUGCUGCUGGUUAUCGUAGUGCACAAAUGCGUUCAAUUGGUCAUUUGUUAGCUAAUUUUAAUCAAGCUGCUGAACCUGUCGCUGUCAACUUACAACAUGCAAUGCACACUUUAGACUCGAAUCAAAAUGAUACGAAGGUUAAUAAUCUGUCUGGUAUACCAUCAUCGAAUUUAACACUUGGAAAGUCAAUACUAAAACUAAGAGAUUGGGCAAUUGAAUUGGAUCAAAAAGCCUUGGGAUUAAGAGAGAAAACAUUUGCAUCUCAUGUCGACUCUCAACAAUCUGUUCAUCCAUCCGUUGACCAAGAUAAUAAUAAUAAUCACGAGGAGGAUAAUAAAUUAUCUGAGAUAUUUAUGCAUAUGCGUAACCAGUGUGAUAUAUCACUUCGUCGACUGGAUGCUAUAAUGAAUCCAAAUGUAUACAAUGAUGAUAGAGAGAAGUUAAGCGGUAAAACUGACCAGUCAACAGGUGCUGAUUGUACAUUUUGUCCUAUCCUCUUGCCAAUCAAUGAUUUGAAUUAUCCACAGUGUUGUGAUAUGGUCUGUGAUAUAGACAAGGAGUUCAAUGGACACUUAGAUGUGAUUCCAUCAUCUAUAUCUGACAAUGAAGCUGCCUUAUUUAUACAAUCUAUUAAAGGCUUAGCUCAAGUUGCUAAUCAAUUAGUACAAGUAACAUAUCAAGCUGCUUAUUUGAUAGCUGCAGCUCAUCCAGCUUCAAGACCAGGUCAUGUGAGUCGAUUUACUUCAUCGGAUCAGUUAACUAUUAUACAUGAUCAUGUAGCAGCUAUUCGUCAAGGUGUUAGUGAAAUAUCUAGAUCUCAUGUUGAAGCAUCAUCUAAUGGAUUACCAUCUUUAGAAAUUUUAAACACAGCUAAUCAUGUGGCACAAAGAGCAACACAACUAUGUCAAACUACUCGACCGUAUUUAUCUGAAAUCAGAAAUGUAUGUGAAAAACGACGUCUAGCUGAUCUGUUAGAACAUGUCGCAAGAUCUGCUGCUGCUGUAUUCACCGUCAUUAAAACAUCACGUAGUACAAAUCCAGUAUCUGGUACAACUGAUCUAGUUCAAAAGCUGACAACAUCUGCGUCUACCUUAGAAGCUGAUGUUGACCAGUAUAUAGAUGUUUUACUUCGUGAUACUGCUGGCUCACCGGCGCAUUUAGCUGAAGAAGCGUAUGAGCUUCAAGCGCCUGUAUUAACAAGUGGUCAGACUGUAGCUAAAAGUAUUGCCAAUCUUAUUGAGUGUAGUCGUCAAUUGGUUGAUAUUCAUUGUAAUAAUAUGCAAACAGAAGAAGUGAAUAGCAGCAACAGAAGUGGUUUAUCUGGUUUCGAAGACGGUAGACAUUAUUUACACGAAUCAUGUUUAAGCCUGUUAAGUCUACUUCGACAAAGUGUUCCAGGUCUGUCUUUAUGUGAUCAAAUACAAAAAACUGUGAAUAAUCUACUCAAUGAUCUAGAUCAUGCAAUUGUCUCCUCGAAUCAUCAUCAACAUCAGAAUCAAAUCAAGCGUAAUAGUAUUUAUUCAACAAAUGUACAACAUUUAGAAAGUUCAUUAAAAUUAAUUCGUACUAGUAUGGAACAAAUUGAACAUUGGAGUUUAGAAACAAUUGAAAAUUGUAAACUUGGUAAUUGGGAAAUGAUGGCGCAUAAUUUACACUCAAUUAGUACUUAUUUACCUAAUUUUGUUAAGGAGUCAAUUCGUACAUGUGGCAAUUUAAUGCGACUCUCUGAUCAGACAAAUUUAAAUAGUCUCACACGAACUGUUCUAGAAGCUCUUCAACAAUUAAUCGAUUGUCUGUCAAUUACUCUAAAAGCACGAUCUCAAUCCUUGCCAGUUUCUAAUUCUCACAAUUCACUGACUGCUUACAACAGUCAAUUAAAACAAGCUUGUGUUGAAUUGUCUAAACAAAUCGAUACAAUAGCAAUAGAACAAGGUGGAUUAAAUUGGCACAUUACAUCUAUCACUUCAGCUUGCUCAAAGCUUGAUGAUGCAAUAGUACCAUUAUCGAAUGGAUUGGAAAAAAAUAACUCAAAUGAAAAUGCAGUCUCAUUACCAACAAACUUCGUCCAGUUGCACACACGUCUAGGUCAUCAAUCACGUGAAUUAUCUGAUCUUACCACAAGAGUGACAGAAACUUAUGCAAAUAAUCAAGGAGGAGGAGGAGAAUACUGCCCAGAGAUUAUAUCGACUUUUGUUCAACAAUUCCUGCAAAUGACUGAAACAGUACAAAAUAUGUCGAACAUAUUGAAAAUGCAUCCACAAAUUGAUACUGGACCAGCUUUAGCUCAAAAAUUGUGUCAUGCAACUCAGGCUAUUGGUGCAGCUUGUUCAGAUUUUCUACGAGCUCCAUUGCAUGCAGAAAGAGUGAAUAAUUUAUCCAAUCGAUUGAAUGAUUUAAAAGCUGUCCUGCAAUCAUGUGCACGAGGUGCUGAUGCUUGUGCAACUGCUAUCACUAACUUGAAUCGACUGGUAGCUGAUUUAGAUACAGCUGCAUUAUUCGCGCGAGCUGGUACUGUUCAAGAUUCAAAUAAACCACCAUCUCCUGGUGUUACCAGUAAAGGUUCAAUAGCAUUUAAACAAAGAGCUUUUCAAACUGCUCAAGAAGCAGUUAUGCAAGCAGAAAAAGGAAUUGUUGAAGAUAUGCAAACUUUAAUUAAAACCACAUCUACUGAUCAAGAUGCAUUAGCAAUAUCAGCACAGAAUUGUGUAUUACGAGCUACAGAAUUAACUGAAUCAGCUAAAAAUGCCGCUUCAUGUGCAGCAACACUUUUAUCCUCUACACCAGAUUUAUCCAUUGAAGGUCAAGUUCAGCUGUUAACAUCUACACGAGAUGUUGUUGCCGGUCUAGUUCGAUUACUUAAUCAUGGCAAGUCUGUGUCUGCUGCUUGUUAUGCUAUUGAAUUUUGGAAUGAUCAAACAGAUGGCACGUUAAGUUCAAUGAUGAAAACUAAACAAAAAGCUUUAAAUGAUACAGCUGUUCAAGUGAUUGAGACGAUAUCCAACCUGUCAAAAGCUUUACGUUCUGUCAGUGAUUCAUUUACUAAUGCUAAUACUAAAACACCACCGGCUGUCAGUGAUACACCUACGCCUUCACCGACACCUCCUGCUGUCCCACUGAAAAAGGUUAGCCUUAAAGUACCUGUACAAAAAACUAUUAUAUCGAAUAAAACUGAUCCUACUAAAGCUAAUAUACAUGCUAGCUUAGAAUCAACAAUUUCUGUAUUGGGAAAUUUAAAUGAAAAAUUGAAUAAAUGGACUGUUAAAGAUGGAGUAUUGAAUGCACCAGAUUUUGAUGAUGACUCAGAAUUUGAACGACAAACUGCUCUAGGUCAAACAAUCAAUCCAUCUUAUUUAGUAUGCGCGGCUAGAGCUAUUACACAAGCAGCUACCAAUGCAAACAAUGCUACUGGUUCUGGGAAACCAUCAGAGAUUAGUUUAGCUGGAGAUAUGAUACGUCGUGCAGCUGAAGAACUUUCACGUCGUUUAUACUCUGUUCUACAAACUUCAUUAUCAUUAGCAUUUAAAGGACAGAAUGGAAAACCUACUUCCAAUUUAAAUCAUCAAAAUUCAGUAUCAAAUAGUGAGUCAGGGAAUGAAAGUGCAUCAGAAGAUUAUAGUGAAACGAUCAAUUAUCCGAAAUUAGAGAAGAUAUGUCAACGUGCAAUUAAUGGUGGAGCUGGUACUAUGUCAGAGCUUAAAGAUUUAGUAGAACAUAUGAAUAAAGCACUUGAUUCAGGUCCUGGAAGUCCUGACAGUGUUCAAGUCACUUUGGCUAUGCGACGUUUACGCGAGACUGUUUUUGAAAUUGUUGACUGUUCUAUGUCAUUACCUGGGGCUAAAGAAGACGAUAUUGUUGAUUUCAAACCAACAGUCUCACCAAAACCAAUUACAAUACUGAUUGAUAAUAAAGUGACAAGUUUAUUUGAAGGUUCUUCAAAUAGAGGAUCAAUAUAUAGCAGUUCUAUAGAUAUUGAAAAGAGUAUAGCUGAAGCGAAUGCAACAGCUGUAGACAUUGAUCGAUCAUUCUCAUCAUCAUCAACAUCUCCGUCAACAUCAUCAUCAGUCGGUGUACAAAAUGCCUUACAAGAUUUCGCUGGAGAAAUUGAAAGAAGUGUUGAACGCAUUGGUCUACUGCAUUCAAAACAUUCAUUUAAGCAUUCGCUGAACUCACAGAAAUCUGGUCAUUUGCAUAUGGAUGAAUCAAGAGAUACGAUGGGGCAUUUAUCCAAGUCUUCAAGUACUGCAGCUUCAACAAACACUCUUAUACCUAGUAAUGAUAUAUCACUUGGUAGUGAUGGUGGAGAUAUUGACUUAAUAGCUUCAGAUGGUAUGGAUGCAGUAAUUAUAGCCUGUCGAGAUGUCGUCCAUGCAACACUGAGUUUAAUGUAUUGGGCUGCUGCUGCUCAACGUGAACUUGUACAACAAGGUCGGCUGAAACCGAUUGAUUUAUCUCAAACAGGUGAAGUGGAAUCAGAAUCACAAUGGGCACAAGGUUUAAUAUCAGCAGCAAGAUAUGUAGCUGUUGGUGCGAAUCAUUUAGUUGAAUCAGCUCAAGCAUUCGUCACAAUGCAUGUUGGCAAUUCUUCUCACCCAAUGGAAUCGGACGAGAUGUCAUUAAAACCAGAGAGUUUAAUAUCAGCAGCACAGACAACAGCUGGUUACACUGCACAACUGAUAAUUGCUUGUAUAGCUAAGGCUGAUCCAAAUUCACAGAGUUGUUCCGGGCUACGUACAGCUGGUGGAGCUGUCAAACAUGCAGCUGAUCGAUUAGUUCGUAUUGUACAGACAGUAGUGUCAAAAAAUAAAGGCACGUCAACAAAACAAUUUGGUGAAGGUGAAAAUGAACAGUUGGAUACUUCAGGAAAUACAUUUGACUCUUUUGGCGGUCGAGUUGUUUCAUCUAUGCGACAAGUAAUUGAAACUAAAUCCAGUAUUGCUGCUAAACAACGAGAAUUGGAGAGUUUACAUGCUCAACUGAAACAUAUUCAUCAAGAUCAAUAUCGAUCCUCGCAUGCGCAUUCAACAACAAACAAUUGA